AUGGGUAGAGUUACAAAGACCAAGAGUAGGAAGAGCGCAACUCCUCCAUCUCACCCGAAGUAUGAGGACAUGAUUCGAGAUGCUAUCGUCGCAUUGAAGGAGCGUAAGGGAAGCAGUCGCCAAGCUAUCAAGAAGUAUAUAUUGACAACUUUCAAGCUACCCGACAACACCAAAACCACCUCGCAGCUCAAACUUGCCAUCCACAAAGGCGUUGAUAAGGGAGUGUUUGCUUUUCCUAACGGACCUAAUGGUACCAUUAAACUCGUAAAAAAGGAACCUGCAAAGAAGGAGAAGAAAGACGAUAAACCAAAGAAAGAGAAGAAAGAAAAGAAAGAGUCCAAACCGAAAGUUGAGAAAAAACCCAAGAAAACUGUUGUAAAAAAGACACCCGCUAAGAAGGCUACAACCAAGAGUCCAAGGAAAACCAUAGCAAAAGGGGCCACUAAGACGGCUGUCAAGAAACCGGCGAAAAAACCCACCAAGAGAACUGCAAAGACGACGUCUGCUGAGGCCACCUCGUAG